CGCGAUAUUUGUCACGACUCCGUGAUUUAUCCAACAGCUGAUCAGUAGAAGGCAAAGAGCUGGGAAGAUACACAGUUUAGAGAAGAAUAAACAUCUUUUUGCUGUUAUACAGAUUAUUUAUUUGGAAAAUAUGGCAGAGACAGACCCAAAAUCAGUGCAGGAUCUCACAGCAGUGGUACAGACAUUGCUGCAGCAGAUGCAGGAUAAGUUCCAGACAAUGUCAGACCAGAUCAUCGGGAGAAUUGAUGAAAUGAGCACCCGCAUCGAUGAUCUAGAGAAGAAUAUAGCAGACCUGAUGACUCAGGCAGGAGUGGAAGAGAUUGAAGGGGAGAACAAGGUCAAAGAGGGAGAGGCUUCCUAGUAGAGAAUGCUGAGUAGAAGAAACUAUAAACACUCUUCAGGAGCAGCAAAAUUUUCUCUAUGGUGACUAACAUAUUUUGGUUUGAUGUGAUGCUUUUUUUUAUAUUUAGAAGGAAUUAAAGUCAGUCCUAAUACUGUGACUGUAUGCUACUCUCUUUCCCCCCCCUCCUUUUUCUGCAAUGGAUUGCAAAGAACUUUUUAAACAUGACAUCCAACUGUAGAACUGAACCCUGCAUUACUGUAAUUAGCACUAGCCCAAAGUUCCAACCUAACACCAUUCCUGUUAAAGUGAAUUUGUUGUUGAAUUAAAGUUGUUUCUUAAAA